CCCCUCCGUGGCAGCAGGAACUAAUUCCCCUUCGGGUCACCAGGGACCUGAGGGGGGGAAUUUCACGGAUCAGUGUUCCCUCUGACUCUUGGGAGAAGGGGCGCUAACCCAAAGGAAGAAACCCUCUGCUAGCUCAAAAGCGGGGUUCGAUUUAAACUAGGGCUUUGGCCCCAUGACCCCAAUCAAGCCCCGCCCCUUCCUGGUUGUCUUAGCGACGGCGGUGGCGUCCCAAGAUGGCGUCGUGGCUGCCGGAGACUCUGUUCGAAAUUGUAGGACAAGGCCCAGCGCCGAGCAAAGACUAUUACCAGUUAUUGGUCACCCGGUCCCAGGUAAUCUUUAGAUGGUGGAAGAUCUCUCUGAGGAGUGAGUAUCGAUCAACAAAGCCUGGAGAAGCAAAAGACACUCACGAAGAGUUCUUAGAGAACUCACAUCUUCAAGACAGUUUGCUCCUGAAUAUCAUUUCUUAUCUGGAUCUUGAAGAUAUUGCCAGGCUUUCCCAAACAUCACGCAGAUUUGCAAAGCUGUGCAUGUCUGACGAGCUGUGGGAGAAGAUAGUUCAGUCUUGCUGCGACAGCAUCACGCCUGACAUGAGGGCCCUGGCCGAGGAAAUGGGCUGGAGGCAGAUGUUCUUCACCAACAAGCUGCAGCUCCAGCGGCAGAUCCGCAAGAGGAGGCAGAGACAAGGAAGCCAGAGAAGCAGUAACCCUUAGGGACAUGUUUUCCCACCUCCAGGAGGGCGGAGAGAUGGCUGUCUUUUUCUUCUGUUUCCCAAUCUCUUCUGUUUCCUUCGACUGAGAACUAAGAUUUCCAUUGUUUUGAACUUGCUGAUUCAACGACCCACCCGAAAAUCACACGGUGUUUGCACACAGAUGCACCAAAACUCGACGAAGCAGUGCCUUGCUUGAACCUCAGUCCCCUGCAGUAAGGGUCAGGUUCAUGGCCCCGGCGAAGGGCUGCAUGACAGGAAGCCCUUGACACCCAUAAGAAAAGAGGCUUCUCCUAUACAGAAACAAACAAUAAAUUAUUAUUAGAAGGUUUUUAAUACGUAUCUGGUUUUUCCAGGUAUUUGAAAGGAGUGCUGAGCUUUUGAAUUUUUUUCCCCAGUGGAGGUGGCUUCGUGUCCCCUCCAGGGAACGGGGAGGGGCAGGGGCCAGGAGGCAGUGGGCAGUCUGGUGAGCACAGCUGCCUUCCCAGCUCUCUUCAGGGCGCCAUCCUGUGGGCCCCGGGAUGCCAGGCUCCAUCCCGGCAUGGAAACAACCUCUGAUCUGGCCCCAUGGCACGGCUGGAACCCAGCAUCUGCCUGCGACCCCUUUCCAGAGCCCACCUUUCCAGGACUUCACAUGGUCAAACAAAGCUAUAAACUUUUCUCAGAAGGACACUGCUCCCCCAAAGGAAUGUGGACAGCUACCACUCUUAUACCGGGGAUUUUAAAGAUUUUUAAGCCUGAGGGAAAACCCAAGUAUAGUGUGUAGUCUGUUAAUUUGGAAGAAGAGUAAGAACAGUACAGUUUUAGGGGAGGGGACUGUACCUCCCUGUAAUCUAAAAAUUGUUUUCUCCCUGGGCUGUCCUGAGGAUGAAGUACCUCCAGAUAAUGACACUCCGUAGCAGCAGAUGAGCUAAUGACUCCUUUUAGGCGACAGAAAAAGUAGCUGUCAACCUCCCAUCACCUUCUUAACCAUUACCAUUUCUUCUUCUCUAUAACUCCACCUUAGUGCCUAGAAGAGAUCAUCUAUGCCUCCCUCUGCUCCCGGCACAGAGGAAUUUCCUGUGAUGCCCUGAGACCGCCUGCACGGGCUGUUCUCCAUGCCUGAGUCCUUCUGAAUGGCUCAUGGCCAUGGCUUAGUGACACCUUCUUUCUCUUUUUUACCAAAACCUGUGCUAAUAUCAAACCAGAUUUUAACUCCCAUCCCUUAAAACUCGCACCCAUGAAACUCAGAAAUUUUUCCAGCGACAUCUGUGAAAUCAAGCACAGUCUGCUUCCUGGCAGAUGAGGAGCCUGUCAAAGUUGCAUCUGGAUUUUGUCCAAGCAAAGAGCAAAGAUUUAAGGGUGAGAGACCCAGGCUUCAUUCCCCACCUGGGAGAGAGCUGUCAGGUGACGCAAGUGACUGGCCGGCAGGUGGAGGACACGCACUUUGUCACGGCCCCUGCAGCCUUGUUUGCUCCCGGAGUCCCGGACUUUGCUCAGGGCCGGCUGUUUUAGUGCCAGAACACAGAUUACUACCACAUGUGUGCAAUGACUGUGUGUGCACAACGUGGUAUGCAACAGAACUACAUAGAUAUAAAAUUAGAACUCAUUUGACACCGAUGCAAAUAUGUCAACAGCUUAAGCAUUUCAUAUGGAGUGUUUAAUCAGCUGAGAUUCUGAAAGCUUAUGGGCAUGACAGCAUUCUAGAUUCAAUAUGAAUCGGUAAGAACACAGAUAUGACUGUUCGAAAACUCUUACUACCCACUUAAAAUAUUGUAAUGUAAAAGUAGGUGCUGAAAGUAAAUAGCAAUGAAAAAUGGGUUAUUCAUAUGUUGACUAUUGUUAGAUAGUAUUUUAAAUAACAUAGGCUAUUAGAUUAUUUCAGUGAUUAUUUGCCCUAAUAAUUUGGGUGACUUAUUACCUGACUAUAAUUUUUUGUCAACCUAUAAGCAGCAUCACCAACUUAAUAAUCCUGCAGGGGACCAGUAUUCUCAGCGGUUGACACAUUUUGCCCCUCUCCGCCAGCCUCAUUCUCCGUGGUUGAUCCCACGUGAUGAUCCCACUGGAUGAGAAUAGGCAGUUCUGGAGUUGAUCUCUGCCUCACCUGAUAGCUUUCACAUGGACGAAUUAAACUGCUUUGCUUGUGACAUACCAUUUCAGAGUGAAAUGCCACAGCAUCAUAUAAUCUUGCCCUUUCUCAUAUUUUCAGUCAAAAGUGUUCCUACUCUGUUAUCAUUUACCUUUGUCACAGUAAAAGCAAAAAGCUGAUAUUUUCUGGAUGAUUUAUAUGUUUCAUGUUAUAAGACAACUAUUUAACAACAGCGAAUGUGAACAUUUAUAAACAAAAAAUAAAUAUAUUUUACCUAACGUCAA